AUGACUCUUCUUUUGAUGACACUGACUUGCACAAAUUAGGGUUUUUGAUUUCAGACCCUAAUUCGGUGCUAGGGCAACUUUGCAAAUGCUUUCUCCGGAUCCAAAGAAAGUGGGCCAUCCAUGAAAAUCCCAAAUUCCCCAAACAACCCUCCCUGUUUUCCCUCCUAAUCUGACAAUGGAGGAGGCGGAGCCCACCACACUGCUAGGGUUUGAAAUUCUGCAGUCAAUCUUCCAAUCUUCUCUCCAUUUUAUGCAGAAAGCAAUCCUAUGAGCAACUCACACAACGGCUACCUUGGGACCACUGCCGUCCCUCCUUUUGUCCUCACUCACUGCAGUACUCAAUCAUGUCUCUUCUUUUCUUUUCUAUUUUCUGGGAAAAUUGCACUCCAUUUUCUUUCCCAUUUCCUUUGCAUCUCUCACAAGGGCAUUUUAUACUCUCCCUCAAGGACCCUUUACUGAAAAUUGGGUUUGUUUUCUGUUUGCCAUUUUGGGGCUAGAAAUGGUGAAGAGGCUGUGGUGCUGCGAGUGGAUUGUUCUCUGUAGUUUGCUGCUUGUUGGGGUUGGGGUUGUCUUCUCCAAGGAGCAUGGGAAUCCUGCAAAUGACCUUGUUAGCAUAAUAAAUGAGAAUAGAACUGCACAAAAGCUUCCAAAAUUAAACAACAGUCCGGGUCUCGGGUGCAUGGCAUUGCAGUAUGUAGAUGAAUGCAAGGAGAACUGCACUAGCAGCAACAAUACCGUACACUGUGAACCAUCAGAAGAUGAUUUUACUGAAGUUUUUGCUCCCAAUUGUGGCGUGGAGCUGCCUACUGUUAGUUCUGUAUCUGGCCACAUUGUAGGGUGUCAAUCCAAGUACCUUGAGCCAUCAUUAGCAUUUUCACAAGCUCUUGUUCGAGACAAGAAAACUCUCUCCCUUUUGAGCAAUAAAACACAUACUGAGGUAGGAGUAGGCUUGAUUGGAGGGCACAAAGGGACUUUCCUUUGGUGUGUUUUAUUCAGUAGUGGGCAGGCAAAUUCUACAUUUGUUCUUGAAGAUCUUGGUCUGGGGAUCAAGCAAAAGAAAGGGUGCUUCAGUGGAUCCAGUACUCCAUGCAGUGGGGGACAGAAGAAAACCAAUUUGUACUUAAUAAAUACAUUCACCAUAGGUUUCUUAUGUCUGCAUCUUUUGCAACUAUUGUACUUCAAUUGGCCAUGACAAUUAUAAGCACUUUCUCA